AUGCCUCGCUCAUCCUAUAAUAUGGUCCUAGGCGAGCUGGAACUGCGCGGCCCGCUCGCCAACCGCCUCCGACGCCGCGGGGACACGAUCACCAUCGACGGCACAAAUGACCGCCGACAAAAGUUCCCCAUUCGUUUACUCGCCGCAUACUACUCGCUAUGCCUUGUCCACACGUUCCCGAACCCCGAGCAGCUCCACGUCUGCAAGGAUUUCGCGCACGCGUUGUACCGCCUCGCCUCAGACGCAACCCUUACCGGUGAGGCCUUCCACGCUCUCCGCACAAGUCGCAACGCCGUGGAGGCAGUGGACAUCUCCACACCGCCAUUCAGUACAAAGCUUCUCGACUUGGGAAGCCGCUGCUGGCCAGAGGAAGCGCGCUUCCGCGAGCGAGACGCGCGCGGGAAGUGGAUGGAUGGCUGGGGCACGCUCCCCUCCCCUUGGCACGUCACCGUGAUCCCUGCGGGUGUUUGGAAAGGUCUCAACACGUCCCCUUCCUGGACUCUAUCUACCUGGUAG